AGGUGAUACUAAUGAAUUUUAGUUUCUAAUGUUUUAAAGGAUGAAACAUUUAAUAUCUCCUUUACAGAUAUUGAUGAAUGUAAGGUCAUGCCAAAUCUAUGUAGAAAUGGCCAGUGCAUCAACACCAUGGGUUCCUUCAGAUGCAUUUGCAAAGUUGGCUACACCACUGACAUAAGUGGGACAUCCUGUGUGGAUCUUGAUGAAUGCUCUCAGUCUCCAAAACCAUGCAACUUUAUCUGCAAGAACACAGAAGGAAGCUAUCAGUGCUCAUGUCCUCGUGGCUAUGUCCUCCAAGAAGAUGGAAAGACGUGCAAAGAUCUUGAUGAAUGUCAAACCAAGCAACACAAUUGCCAGUUCCUCUGUGUUAACACACUUGGGGGAUUCACGUGCAAAUGUCCUCCAGGUUUCACUCAGCAUCACACAGCUUGUAUUGAUAACAAUGAAUGUGGUUCACAGACAUCACUUUGUGGAUCAAAAGGAAUCUGUCAGAAUACUCCUGGAAGUUUCACUUGCGAGUGUCAGAGAGGAUUCUCUCUGGAUUCUACUGGACUCAACUGUGAAGAUGUGGAUGAAUGUGAUGGAAAUCACCGGUGUCAGCAUGGCUGCCAGAACAUCCUGGGUGGCUACAGGUGUGGAUGCCCACAAGGGUAUAUUCAGCAUUACCAAUGGAAUCAGUGUGUUGAUGAAAAUGAGUGUUCCAACCCUAAUGCUUGUGGCUCUGCAUCUUGCUACAACACACUCGGAAGCUACAAGUGUGCGUGUCCAUCUGGAUUUUCCUAUGACCAGUUCUCCAGUGCAUGCCAUGAUGUGAAUGAGUGUUCCUCUACUAAGAACCCCUGCAAUUAUGGUUGUUCCAAUACAGAAGGUGGCUAUCUCUGUGGCUGUCCACCUGGAUAUUACAGAGUUGGACAAGGCCAUUGCGUCUCAGGGAUGGGAUUUAACAAAGGCCAGUACCUGCCUUUGGAUGGAGAUGUAGAUGAAGAAAAUGCCUUGUCUCCAGAAGCAUGUUAUGAGUGCAAACUGAAUGGCUAUUCAAAGAAAAAUAGCAGGAGGAAAAGAAGUGUGAAUGAAACUCAGCCUGCAGAGAUUGAACAGAUUAGCUUGGAAAGUUUAGACAUUGACACUCCUCUGAAGAUGAGGUUCAACAACUCUGGGCUUGGCAACAAACACCACAUCCUGGAACUCAUGCCAGCCAUAGAACCCCUUACCAAUCACGUCCGCUAUGUCAUCUCCCAAGGCAAUGAUGAUGGCAUCUUCCGAAUCCAUCAGCGGGAUGGACUCAGUUUCCUGCAUAUGACCAAGAAAAGAUCUGUACCUGGCACUUACACACUGGAAAUCGUUAGUGUUGCUCUAUACAAGAAGAAGGAGCUCAAGAAACUGGAAGACCAGAAUGAGGAUAACUACCUCCUAGGAGAACUUGGUGAAGCUCUCAAAAUGAGGCUGUGGAUUGAAUUCUAUUAGCUGUCUUCCAGACUUAGUCCAGUUCUUCAGUCACUUCCGUUCAUCUAUUUAUCCACCUGAGCAUGUCUAUUUUUCAAAGCUUUAAGCAGUCAAUGACUUGACUUUUAAAAGAAAAAAUAAAAAAGUGGGAGGGGAUGGGGGGUGGGGGGAGAAAGAAAAGAAAAAGACCUCUCUAUCUUUCCAUCCUGCCAAGACUGCAGAAUGACCCUACAGGAGGGGCAACUUUGACUCUGCCAUGGCCAAAUGCUUGAUUACAAUGGCAACCAUGGUUACUGUAUCUUUUAUAUAACCUCAGUUUAAAGUGUAUUAAAAAAAAAGCCUAAAGUUCAAGAGGUCAACAUAUGGCACUAAAUGGCACAAAAUGUGAGCUAUUUUUUUCUGUUAGCAGUCUAUAACACUUUAGGUAUUUUGCUAUAGUUCCUAAUUAAAAAUAUAGAUGUUUAUUUAUUUUUAAUGCAGUAAUAUAUGGAGAAAUUAACAAAUUAUGUAAGCAAAAAGGGAAACGUGCUUGUUUUUCUUUAGAUUUAUAAAUUUGAGCUAUUACAUUUUAGAGUUACUUUCUUAAAAAAAAAAAAUUCCAGUAGAUUUGAAAGGUUUCCUUUUGUUUUUGUGCCAGUCGUCCAAAUAGCAUAGGGAUAUUUUUUAAAAUAUCACAGAUCUGAAAGAGCACUAAUACAUCCUCUAGAUAUUCUGAAGUGCUCUUCAAAACUAUGACUAUUCAAAAUAUGUCUUAAAUGAACUGUAAUUACAACAUUAGUCUCUGUAAAGAGGAUAUUUCACUGCAGGUCACUAGGACUUUAUUCUGUAUCAGCUAUAUCAAAUAAUGGAAGCUGAAGCACAACCACUGUAGCAAAAUACCUUGACUGCUUGUAAUACCAUUAGCAUUGCAGACCAAACCGUACUGUAUUUCCUUCUGAUAACCUCAAGGAACCACAUGUGCUACCACAACACCUCAUUCUCACAAAAGGUGCUCUACAUACUUGCAUUACUGUAGGCAGCUGAAGAAAAGAGUCUUUCUUUGAAGGGAACACCUGAUGUAUCAUACUAUUUGGUGCUGGCUUGGAUUAAUAGUCCAUUUACUAACGUUGAGCUGUUUCAGGACUGCCAUAUGUGCAAGCUAAUUAUGCAGUGCAGACAAGGGAAAUGUGUAUUUGAAAUCAAUUUGUUAGAACUUACAUUAAUACUGUAGUUAUACACCGUAUGCCUCAUUUUAUCAUAGCUUAUUUUGUAAGAAAGAUGUUUGUACAAUGAGUUGACAUUUAGUUUACCGUAGUAAUUUUUUUUAAUGUUGUACCAUAUUAUGUGUUAAAUGUAUGUCUCCAAUGGUGCUUUUUUGACAGCUGGUGCCUGUACCUAGUCAUGUAACAGAACUUCAUAUGUGAAACAGCCAAAGAACAUGCCAACUCCAGGGUUUUUUUUUUCCAGUUGUAUACCGGUGCUGACCAAAGAUUACUAACAAGUGAUCACUUUUUUAUUAUUAUUAUUUUGUUCAGUUUGGGUGUUUUUUCUGGGGAGGGGACCAUUGUAAAUUUUUAAUCAAAUAUUUGUGAGAAAAAAAUGUUUUGUUUGUAGGUCUGUAUCAAUAUGACAACACUUUUCUUGCAAUAAAGCUUAUUUUGGGGUA